UUACCUAACACUGAGAGAUUGCCGCCAAUAUUGACCUUUCCURAGCGGCGUUUUGGAAAUCAACGUUUUGGGAAAAAUCCUGGUAUAUUUUUUACCAGCUUCUCUCUAAGGUCAUGAAGCUUACAAGAUUAGCCCUGUGGAUGACCAUAGGACUCUGCCUUGCUGUACUAGCACAUUGUUUACCCAGUUCAUCCAGGAGAAUCAAGAAACGAGGAUUAUCGCAGAGUGAAGCCAGCUGGUAUCUAAACGAACAAGUUCCUUUAGGUUUUUACAUCAACGGUGGAUCAAAUGGAGCKCCUGGACCACCAGGACCACCAGGGCCCCCUGGAAGACCCUACUUUGACGAAGGUGGAAGCGGCAGUGGAAGUGGUCAACUAGUUGCUCGUGGAACCAUUCCUGGAAGACCCGGACCACCAGGACCCCCUGGACCACCUGGACAAACAAUGGAAAAUGCCGAUAAACUGGGUCAUCGCGACUCAAUCUCAUGUCAAGGUGAGAAAGAAUGGAUCGAGUGUCCACAGUAUCGAGUGAUCAAGGUCCAUGAUGCAUUCUGGGGACGCGAUGACGAUAGAACGUGCACACGUAAUGGCGUCCAACAUGGUUUAAGCACARCUGCUAUGUGCCCUCAAGAUGAUCAGAAUACAAUGAGAAAAGUCAAAGCUCAAUGUGAAGAUGAGAAUGCUUGUGAAGUUGUUGCCAGCCCAGUUUUCUUCGACAGGACCGAUUGUACUAAAACAUACAAGUUUUUACGACUGAAGUACGAAUGCUUGCCGAGCGAGUCACGAGUUAAAAGUAAAUAAGGCCACUAAGACCCGACUGAUAGACAAUAUUAGCAAUUCGUUUUAAAUAUCUUAUUACGACUAGGCCCAUUGGCUACUACUUAUUAAACACGACCUUCGCUGGAACACGAUACACAAUCACUCGGCAAGAAAUAACGAGACUAAUAAAAUCUGUAUUAUAUAAUACCAAAUGAAGAGGGAAA